AUGACUUCGCCAUUUGCCGAGUCUUCGACUAAAGGUCGCCCCUCCGCCGAGGUCGACGGUCCUAACACCUCAUCCACGAGCAGUCAAGGGCCCACAACCCCCACCCGUAGUAGCUCCUCCCUCGACGGCCCCGACCGCGAAGACAAUCCCGGCGGUGUCAACGAACAAUCGCCCCUCCUUUCCCCGGAGCCCGACGGGAGCGAUCGGGGCAGUGAACGGCAUGGCUUUCUUGAGCGACACGCCUCGGCGCAGGAGCCCGACGAGUUUCAGUCUACAAAGAGCCUCUGGUACUUGCUGGUCCUGACCAUCAGUAUAGGCGGACUGCAGAUUGCGUGGUCUGUUGAGCUCUCAAAUGGCUCUCCCUACCUGAUGUCGCUUGGCCUGAGCAAGUCGCUCAUGGCACUGGUCUGGAUCGCUGGGCCGCUUUCCGGCACCCUGGUACAACCGUACGUAGGCAUGCUGAGCGACAACUGCAGGGUGCCCUGGGGGAAGCGGAAGCCCUUUAUGCUCGGCGGGGCUGCCGCCACAAUCGUCUCUCUCAUGAUCCUGUCCUGGACCAAGGAUAUUGUCGGCGGUUUCUUGAGCCUCUUUGGGGCUGAUCCGACGUCUCAGGGCGUCAAGGUAACCACCAUAGUAGUUGCGGUGAUAUGGGUCUACAUCCUUGACUUUGCUAUCAACACAGUCCAAGCUGCAAUCAGGGCCUUCAUCGUGGACUGCUGCCCGGCUCACCAGCAGGAAGCUGCCAACUCAAUGGCAAGUAGGUUGACGGGGAUUGGAAAUAUUAUUGGCUACAUCGCGGGAUACGUCAAUUUGCCCCAGAUCACAUGGUGGCUGGGCAACACCCAGUUCAAGGACCUCUGUGCCAUAGCGAGCAUCGCUCUAGGAUCAACAGUGUUGAUGAGCUGUUUGCUCAUCAAAGAGAGGAAUCCGCAGCUCGAAGAACCUAAGACAGCGAACCGCAAGCAAACUGGUGUGUUCUCGUUCUUCAUCAGCCUCUUCGCAUCCAUGAAGAGGCUGCCGCCGCAGAUCAAGAAGGUCUGUGUUGUCCAGUUUUGCGCAUGGAUCGGCUUCUUCCCCAUGCUAUUCUACACAUCGUCCUACAUUGGCGAGAUAUAUGUCCAGCCAUUUCUCGAAGAAAACCCGAACAUGACGCCCGAAGAGAUUGACGAGCUGUAUGAGAAGGCAACAAGAGUUGGGACGUUUGCGCUGCUGAUUUUCUCAAUCACCAGCUUGCUCACAAAUGUCUUUCUACCUUUCUUCAUCGCACCAACAUAUGACAGCCAGCCCAUAGGAGAAGCCCCGGGCGAGGGCCCGGUCACCUCUUUCCGGGAUCGCGGUGAAGAGAAGAAGGCUUGGACAGAUCGCUUAAUUAUCCCUGGCUUGACGCUCCGCCGCGCUUGGCUGCUCUCACAGCUGCUCUUCAUGGGCAGCAUGCUCUGCGCGGUCCUUGUCCGGACAGUACCGGCAGCUACAGUGCUCGUUGGCCUGGUUGGCAUCACCUGGGCACUGACGCUCUGGGCACCGUGGGCAAUCAUCAGUGCAGAGAUCAGCCGAAGGGAUGCGCUCCUCCGCCAGAAAAGAAGAGCUUUCUCGCCACCGGGAGCCGCGGGCUCAUCCUCCAAUGCGGCUUCCGGCUUUGACGGUUACACUUCCGACCAAGACCACAAACUAGACGGGUCCGAAGGCGAGCCCGACCAGGCAGGCGUUAUACUAGGCAUCCACAACAUGGCCAUUGCUGCGCCGCAGAUCAUCGCCACGGUCGGCUCGAGCCUCAUCUUCAAAAUAUUCCAGAAGCCUAGAGGGACACCCGGCGACCACUCGAUCGCCAUCGUGAUGGCUAUAGGCGGUGUCGCGGUGGGGGCCUCGGCGUGGUUCAUUCAUCUGAUUAAGGACGAGCCAGCCAGUCUACCUGCAGAUGACGCGGCAUCGGACGCGGAAGAGGGCAGUAUGUCUUCGCCGGGUUCACCAAGCGCCGAUCGCGCGCCUUACGACAGGGUGCGCAGUACCGAGCAGCUGCCAAGGGCUAGCCUGGAAAGAGCGACGUUGAUGAGGAACAAGAGCUUCUCCGGGAUGGAUUAUGCUUAG